AUGACGAGCUCCGUGGCAUCAUACGAGCAGCUGGUGCGGCAGGUGGAGGCCUUGAAGGCCGAGAACAGCCACCUGAGGCAGGAGCUGCGGGACAACUCGAGCCACCUGUCCAAGCUGGAGACAGAGACGUCGGGCAUGAAGGAGGCGCUGCAGCACCUGCAGGGCAAGCUGCAGCAGGAGGCCGGUGUGCUGGCGUCUGCGGGGCCGACGGAAGUACUGGAGCAGCUGGAGGCACUGCAGAUGGACAUCUCCAGCCUGUACAGCCUCAAGUUCCAGCCACCAGGUCUGGACCCUGCGCCCCUCACCCGCACCCCAGAGGGGAGCCCCCUCCACAGCUCUGGGCCUUCCAAGGAUGGCGUCGGGGAGCCGAGCCGGGCCACCAUCCGCCUGCUAGAGGAGCUGGAUCGGGAACGGUGUUUCCUGCUGAACGAGAUCGAGAAGGAGGAGAAGGAGAAGCUGUGGUAUUACUCCCAGCUGCAGGGCUUGUCCAAGCGUCUGGACGAGCUGCCACACGUGGAGACGCAGUUCUCGAUGCAGAUGGACCUGAUCCGGCAGCAGCUGGAGUUCGAGGCGCAACACAUCCGCUCGUUGAUGGAGGAGCGUUUUGGCACCUCAGACGAGAUGGUGCAGCGCGCCCAGAUCCGUGCCUCACGCCUGGAGCAGAUAGACAAGGAGCUACUGGAGGCGCAGGACCGGGUGCAGCAGACCGAGCCCCAGGCCCUGCUGGCAGUGAAGUCAGUCCCGGUGGAUGAGGACCCUGAAACAGAGGUCCCCACGCACACCGAUGAUGGCGCUCCUCAGCCAGGCAACAGCAAGGUGGAGGUGGUCUUUUGGCUGCUGUCUAUGCUGGCAACACGUGACCAGGAGGACACGGCUCGCACGUUGCUCGCCAUGUCCGGUUCGCCCGAGAGCUGCGUGGCCAUGCGCCGCUCGGGCUGCCUGCCGCUGCUGCUGCAGAUCCUGCAUGGCGCCGAGCCCGGACCAGGAGCCGGGGGCGGCUCGGGGACGCCCGGGGCGCCGGGGGCCAAGGACGCGCGCAUGCGUGCCAACGCGGCGCUGCACAACAUCGUGUUCUCGCAGCCGGACCAGGGCCUGGCGCGCAAGGAGAUGCGCGUGCUGCACGUGCUGGAGCAGAUCCGGGCCUACUGCGAGACCUGCUGGGACUGGCUGCGCGCGCGCGAAGGCUCUGAUGAGGGCAGCGCCGGCGGUGAGUCCCCUGUCCCCAUUGAGCCACAGAUCUGCCAGGCCACCUGUGCUAUCAUGAAGUUGUCCUUUGAUGAGGAGUACCGCCGGGCCAUGAAUGAGCUGGGUGGGCUGCAGGCUGUGGCUGAGCUCCUGCAGGUGGACUUCGAGAUGCACAAGAUGACCCGCGACCCACUCAACCUUGCCCUGCGCCGCUACGCUGGCAUGACCCUCACCAACCUCACCUUUGGGGACGUGGCCAACAAGGCCACCCUGUGUGCUCGCAGAGGCUGUAUGGAGGCCAUUGUGGCCCAGCUGGGCUCAGACAGUGAGGAGCUCCACCAGGUGGUGUCCAGCAUCCUGCGAAACCUGUCCUGGCGCGCCGACAUCAACAGCAAGAAGGUGCUGAGGGAGGUGGGCAGCAUGACAGCCCUGAUGCAGUGCGUGCUUAGAGCCUCCAAGGAGUCCACUCUCAAGAGCGUGCUCAGCGCUCUGUGGAACCUCUCGGCGCACAGCACAGAGAACAAGGCGGCCAUCUGCCAGGUGGACGGCGCCCUGGGCUUCCUGGUGAGCACGCUGACUUACAAGUGCCAGAGCAACUCGCUGGCCAUCAUCGAGAGCGGCGGUGGCAUCCUGCGCAACGUGUCCAGCCUCAUCGCCACCCGCGAGGACUACAGGCAGGUGCUGCGUGACCACAACUGCCUGCAGACGCUACUGCAGCACCUGACGUCGCACAGCCUGACCAUCGUCAGCAACGCGUGCGGCACGCUGUGGAACCUGUCGGCGCGCAGCCCGCGGGACCAGGAGCUGCUGUGGGACCUGGGUGCCGUGGGCAUGCUACGCAACCUGGUGCACUCCAAGCACAAGAUGAUCGCCAUGGGCAGCGCCGCCGCCCUGCGCAACCUGCUGGCCCACCGGCCGGCCAAGUACCAGGCGGCGGCCACCGCCGUGUCGCCAGGGACCUGUGUGCCCAGCCUGUAUGUGCGCAAGCAACGGGCACUGGAGGCCGAGCUGGACGCCCGGCACUUGGCUCAAGCACUCGACCACCUGGAUAAGGAGGGCCUGCCCGCGCCUGCGCCUGCUGCCAAGAAGCCGCUGGCGCCCCUGCGCCACCUGGAUGGGCUGGCCCAAGACUACGCUUCCGACUCCGGCUGCUUUGAUGACGACGACGCGCCCUCCCUGGCCGCCGGAGCCAGCGCCACCACUGAGGCCCCCAGCCCGGCCAUGCUGUCGCUCUUCCUGGGCAGCCCCUUCCUGCAGGGCCAGGCGCUGGCGCGCACCCCGCCCUCCCGCCGCGACCCAGAGCCCGAGAAGGAGGCGGGGAGCGGAGAGGCGGCUGUGGCGGCCAAGGCCCGGCUGGCGCUGGCUGUGGCGCGCAUCGACCGGCUGGUGGAGGACAUCUCAGCGCUGCACACCUCGUCCGACGACAGCUUCAGCCUCAGCUCGGCGGGGGACCCCGGGCAGGAUGCCCCGCUGCCACCGCGCGAAGGCCGCGCCCAGUCCUGCUCUCCCGCCCGGGGGCCUGAGGGGGCUCGGCGAGAGGGAGGCGGCCGUGCACACCCGCUGCUGCGGCUGAAGGCGGCACACGCCAGCCUGUCCAAUGACAGUCUGAACAGCGGCAGCACCAGCGAUGGCUACUGCCCCCGCGAGCACCUGCGGCCCUGCCCGCUGGCCGCUUUGGCCGAGCGCCGCGAGGAACCCCCAUGCGGGCCUGCGCGGCCCGGCCGGCUGGACCUGGACCGUCCUCGUGGCCGGGCAGAGCCUCCGGCCCGAGAGUCUGCUGACGCCCGCGUGCGCACCAUCAAACUAUCACCCACCUACCAGCACGUGCCACUGCUCGAGGGCAUGGCCAGGGCGGGCGCCGUGCCCACCACCCGCGCACAGGCCUGGCUGCCGGCCGAGGGCCCGGCACCGGAGACGCCGCCGACGCUUGCGGCGGGGGACACAGCGGCGCUCUGCCUGUCCCGCUGCAGCUCCUUAUCCUCGCUGUCUUCGGCUGGGCGUCCGGGCCCCAGCGAGGGCGGCGACCUGGACGACAGCGACUCAUCUCUGGAGGUGCUCGAGGAGGCGGGGCCUGGAGAGGCGGGGCCGGCCGGGGCCUGGCGGGCGCCGGGGGCCUCGCUGCCCAUGGCCAUCCCGGCGCCCCGGCGGGGCCGCGGCCGCGGCCUAGGCACGGAGGACGCCACGCCGUCCAGCUCCUCGGAGAACUACGUCCAAGAGACGCCGCUGGUGCUGAGCCGCUGCAGCUCGGUGAGCUCCCUGGGCAGCUUCGAGAGCCCGUCCAUCGCCAGCUCCGUGCCCAGCGAGCCCUGCAGCGGGCUGGGCAGUGGCACAGUCAGCCCCAGCGAGCUGCCCGACAGCCCCGGGCAGACCAUGCCGCCCAGCCGCAGCAAGACGCCGCCGGCGGCUGGACCGGGCGCGGGCGAGCGCGGCGGGGGCGCCAGCCAGUUCUGCCUGCAGUGGGAGAGCUACGUGAAGCGCUUCCUGGACAUCGCUGACUGCCGGGAGCGCUGCCGGCUGCCCUCGGAGCUGGACGCAGGCAGCGUGCGCUUCACGGUGGAGAAGCCGGACGAGAACUUCUCGUGCGCCUCCAGCCUCAGCGCGCUGCCCCUGCACGAGCACUACGUGCAGCAGGACGUGGAACUGCGUCUCCUGCCGCCAGCUACCGACUCGGAGUUGGAGCUGCUGCGCGCAUGCCUGGGCGCUGCCGUGCCUGCCCGGGUGCGCAAGGUUGCCUCAGCGCUGGUGCCCGGCCGCCACCGGGCACUGCCAGUGCCCGUGUACAUGCUGGUGCCCGCCCCAGCCUGUGAGGACGACUCGGGCAGCGACUCGGCUGAGGGCACACCUGUCAACUUCUCCAGUGCUGCCUCACUGAGUGACGAGACGCUGCAGGGGCCCCCUAGGGACCGGCCCACGGCGGGGCGGCUGGGUAGGCUGACACCUGCAGGCCGCUCCACCCCCUCCGGGACGGCCUCUGGGCAGCGGCACAAGGCCGGGGGCGUGAGCCGGAGUGCUGAGCAGGUCAGUACAAAGGGCAGGAGCCGCUCCGGCCUGCAGCUGCCCCUCGGCCGCCCACCCAGUGCCCUACCGGACCAGGACCGCGACAGGCCCGCCAGGGCACGUGGGGACGGGGGCCCGCAGUCGUUGUGUCUCACGACACCCACCGAGGAGGCCGUGUACUGCUUCUACGACUCGGAGGAGGAGGCGCCGCCAGCGACCGCGGCCGAGCCUCCCCGGCGACCAUCUGCAAUCCCACGGGCCCUGAAGAGGGAGCGCCAGGCAGGUAGGCAGGAUGUACCCAAGGCCACCGCCAAGGCUGUGUUGCCUGCGCUGCCGCCCACCCGGGCGCACCCCAGCCUCAUCGCCGACGAACCCCCGCCCUGCUACUCGCUGAGCUCCUCCGUCAGCUCCCUCAGCGAGCCUGAACCAGAGCAACCAGCCGGCCGCAGCCGGGGCUCAGCGCUCAGCAAGGACUCCGACGGAGCGGCUGGGCGCGGGGGCGGGCCACCCAGUCCACGGGCUGAGGAGAGGCUGCUUCAGGGCUGCAUCGGCUCGGCCAUACCCAGGCGCCGGCCCCCAGUCGCCGGGCCCCGGAGGCGUAAGCCUGGAGCAGCCCAGUCAGCUGUCGAGGUUGCCCGGGAGCGUCGAGAGGAGGCGGCAGGCUCGGACCGCGGCGCCUCGGACCUGGACAGCGUGGAGUGGCGCGCCAUCCAGGAGGGCGCCAACUCCAUCGUCACCUGGUUGCACCAGGCAGCAGCCGCUGCGGCCACUCGCGAGGCCAAGGCCGAUCCAGUCCCAUCCCACGCGUCAGCGCCCAAUGCGGACCGGAAGGGGCGGCGGCCAGGGGUGGAGGGCCAGGCGGGCAGCGCUGGGCGGCUGGAGAGACGCGCUGUGGCUGUCCGCGGUGGGCCCGAGCAGGCGCGCGGCGCUCAGAAGGUGGUAUCUGGCGUGCCCGCCGUGUUGCGGGGACGGACAGUCAUCUACGUGCCCAGCCCGGCUCCCCGGGGACAGCUCAGAGGCGCGCCAGUUCCCCGUGCCACCCCGAGGAAGCCGGGGCCACCAAGCCCCGCACAGCCAGCCGCCCCGAACGCCGGGCCCCCGCGAUCCCGCAGCCUGCACAGGCCAGGCAAGAUGUCGGAGCUGGCGCCCCGCAGCCCCCCGCAGAGAAGCGCCACGCCGCCCGCGCGCCUGGCUAAGACACCCUCGUCUGGUUCCUCGCAGACCUCCCCCGCCACCCCGCUGCCUCCCAGGAAGAGUCCCCCAGGCGCCCCGUUGGGCCCCCUGCCUGGGCCUGGGGCCUCCUCGCCGGUGCCCAAGACGCCCGCGCGGGCUCUGCUGGCCAAGGCGCACAAGACGCAGAAAUCACCGGUGCGCAUCCCGUUCAUGCAGAAUCCUGCCGCGCGACCGCCCCGGCGCACCAGCUCCGAGAGCCCGAGCCGCCUGCCCGUGCGCACGCCGGUCCCCCGGCCGGAAGCUGUCCGGCGCUACGCGUCGUUGCCGCACAUCAGCGUGGCCCGCGGCCCCGAUGCUGCAGGCCCUGCGCCUCCUGCUGACGCCACCCGCCGCGGCAGCGACGGCGAGGCCCGGGCACUGCCCAGGGUGGCCGCGCCGGGGACCACGUGGCGGCGCAUCCGUGACGAGGAAGUGCCGCACAUCCUGCGCAGCACCCUGCCCGCCUCCGCCCUGCCGCUGGUGGGCGCUGCCGCGCCUGAGGGCGCUUCAGGCCGCCCCCUGCCGCUGCGCAAGACCAGCGACGCUGUAGUUCAGACCGAAGACUUCGCCGCUGCCAAGACCAACUCCAGCACCUCCCCGAGUCUGGAGAGCCGUGAACCCCCCCAGAGCCCAGCCGCUGGCCCAGGAACCCUCGGCACCGACGUGGACGGGCAUAGCCCUCCCAAGGCGCCUCCUGCCGCCCCCUUCGCCCAUGAGAGCCUGGGUGUCCCCGCAGGGGGCUUCCCGGCUAGCCGCCAUGGCUCGCCCAGCCGCUCCGUCCGGGUGCCCCCGUUCAACUAUGUGCCCAGCCCCAUGGCGGCAGUGGCCACCUCUGACUCGGCCGUGGAGAAGGCCCCCGCCACUGCCCCUGCCGGCCUCCUGGAAUAG